AUGUCUGUACUCGCAAGCGAUCCUGGCGAGAAGUCACUUGCCAAACUCUUAGCGACUCUCACCACCACCCUGCAUGACACUAUUUUUGUCUUUGCAACACUUACCGAUGCAUCGGAUCUCCCGCCCCUGGAAGAAACACAGCUGUUGUUCAAAGAAAAAGAGGGAAUCACAGUUAUAGUCAGCAGGGAAUAUGCGACAGCCCAUAAUAUUGACUUUUUCUUCCCUUGCAAGAUGAUUACACUCAACGUAACUUCAAGCUUGGAAGCUGUCGGCUUCAUGGCAGUCAUAGCAACGAAGUUGGCAGAAUACAAGAUGGGAGUAAAUCCAGUCAGCGGAUUCUAUCACGACCAUCUGUUUAUACCACUGGGGAGGGAGCAAGAGGCAGUCGAAGUUCUCGGUCGUCUGGCAGAGGAAUUCAAGCAAAAAGAACUGACAGAUGACUAG